AUGCCCACUAACAAUGCGAAAUCCAGUGAGGAUAUUAUUCAUUUGAAGGUCGCUCAAGGUGAGUAUUUGGCCUUGAGCGUGUCCAUCCAGGACUUGGCCCGCGACACCGGCAACGAAACCGCCAGCGUCUUGGCUGCGGCCUUGGAUAAGGCCGUGGGCACCUUCCUGAGUGCCAACAAGAAUCCUUCCAGAAAGGUGAAGGAAAUCGACAACCGCGGCAGUCACUACUGGUUGGCCCGCUAUUGGGCUGACGAACUGGCCAAGCAGGACAAGGAUGCGAAACUGAAGCAGACCUUUCAGAAGGUGUCCAAGGAAUUGGCAGACUCCGAGGAGACCAUUUUGAAGGACUUCACGGAUUGCCAGGGUGCAGCUGUAGACAUUGGCGGCUACUACCGAGUGGAUGUUGAGAAGACAACCAAGGCGAUGAACCCGAGCGCCUGCUUCAACGACAUCAUCAAAGGCUUGGGUCAGCACGGGUGCCCAGCGUUGCUCACGGCGGCCAAGAACUCUGGGGUAUUUCUAAAUCGAAAUCAACGGCAUCACCGGGCCGAACCCACGCGCCGCGAGCCCGAAACCGCGCCAGGCCUCACUCGCCUUCCAAGUGGCCAUGAGCUCCUUGUCGCCUCUUGCACCGCGGGAACAACGCCUGGUGAGGCACAAGCCUUGCUUCUGCGGAUGGAUUCUCGCUUCGAAACCAGCGAACAUUUGCUGCAGCUGCCUGCCACGGAAUAUCUGUUCAGUCUGUCGCUGGCAGACUUCCAGUCGGCCCUAGAGGUCGCCGAUGGCAACUCGGCACGGAGAGAUACGGAGAGGGCGAAGCUGGUGGUCACCAACCGCACGCCACAUUUCAGCGAUGACAUUUCAGCGUUGAAGGUCUCUGGGGCCAACCUGGAAGCUGCGGGGGUUCUGCAUGACUUCUUCGGCUAUCGCUUGGCUGGCGGCAAUUACCUGGAUGAGAACAGGACCCCAGAGCAGGAAGCAAAAGCUCGCUGUCUGAAGGACUUCCUGGCCGCGGAGGAACAGGAGGCCUCGGCCGCAUCUUUGUCGCUCCUGUCAGUGCCCUGGGCCUUCAGUUGUCCAUCCUGGGCAUUGGCGGUUCGGAUUGUGGCAGCACUUUGUGGUGAUCCAGAGCGCUUGCUGCGUCUGCACUGCGAAGAUUUGCUCCUCAUGACGCGGCAGGCCAAAAAUCAAGAGCACUGCCCGUGGCUCAGCGGAGCCUUGCACUCCCUGGCGACCUUGGUGAAGCAUUCAGGAACGGAAGUCUGCGGCUGGCUGGCGGACUGUGCCUCAGGCGAGGCUUAUCCUCCUGCAGAGGUUUUUGAACUCGCAAGGAGAUGGGGGUGGCAGCGUGCCGGACCUGUGUCCAGCAUGCCCGUGCCCACCCUGGCAGCACGCCUGAGUCGAACAUCGACGCUGCGACAGAGCAGGAGGACCUUCCUCACCGCGUCCUCAAUGCGAUUGGCAGUUCAGGGCGACGUCAUUGGUAUUGACCUGGGUACGACCAACAGUUGUGUGGCGAUCAUGGAGGGCAGCACGCCCAAGGUCAUUGAGAACGCAGAGGGGAUGAGAACCACUCCUUCUUUUGUAGGCUUCACCAGCGACGGUCAACGUCUCGUGGGUAUUCCUGCCAAGCGUCAGGCUGUCACCAACUCAGAGAACACCGUCUUCGCUGCCAAGCGACUCAUCGGCCGAUCCUACGAUGAUGAGGCGACCCAGAAGGACAAGAAGGUCCUGCCGUACAAGGUGGUGCGAGCCCCCAACGGUGAUGCCUGGAUCGAGGCCGGCGGUGAGAAGUAUGCACCCAGCCAGAUUGGAGCCUUCGUCCUCACCAAGAUGAAGGAGACUGCUGAAGCAUACUUGGGCAGAAACGUGGGCACGGCCGUGAUUACGGUGCCGGCCUACUUUAACGAUGCACAGAGACAGGCCACCAAGGACGCUGGAAAGAUCUCAGGCCUGGAUGUGGCGCGAAUCAUCAACGAGCCCACGGCGGCGGCUUUGGCCUUUGGCAUGGACAAGGGUGGAGACGGCCAGAUCCUGGCGGUUUAUGACCUGGGCGGUGGCACCUUCGACAUUUCCAUCCUGGAGAUUUCCGGGGGCGUCUUUGAAGUGAAGGCGACCAACGGAGACACCUCCUUGGGCGGUGAGGAUUUCGAUCAUGCCAUCGUGAAGUACUUGGUAGACGAGUUCAAGAAGUCCCAAGGCAUCGACCUGGGCCAAGACAAGUUGGCCUUGCAACGCUUGCGCGAAGCCUCUGAGGUGGCCAAAGUGGAGCUCAGUAGCAAGGUGCAGACGGAUGUGAACCUGCCUUUCAUCACAGCUGACCAGAGCGGACCGAAGCACAUGAACAUCCAGAUGACCCGAUCGAAGCUGGAGCAGAUCGUGGAUUCCUACCUUCAGAGGACGAAGGCACCCUGCCAGGCCUGCAACAAGGAUGCAGGAGUCGAGCCAAAAGACAUCAACGAGGUGCUCUUGGUGGGCGGCAUGACUCGCAUGCCCAAGGUCAUGGAGAUUGUCCAGGACAUCUACCAGAAGGAGCCGUCCAAGUCGGUGAACCCCGAUGAAGCCGUGGCCAUGGGUGCGGCCAUCCAGGCCGGUGUCCUCAAGGGCGACGUCAAGGACAUUUUGUUGCUUGACGUGACGCCUUUGUCCUUGGGUAUCGAAACCUUGGGCGGUGUCUUCACCCGACUCAUCAGCCGAAACACCACCAUCCCCACCAAGAAGUCGCAGGUCUUCUCUACUGCUGCGGACAACCAGACCCAGGUGGGCAUCAAGGUCUUCCAGGGCGAGCGAGAGAUGGCGGCCGACAACCAGAUGUUGGGCCAGUUUGACCUGGUAGGCAUCCCUCCUGCACCCCGUGGAGUCCCACAGAUCGAGGUGACCUUUGACAUCGAUGCCAACGGCAUCGUGAACGUCAGCGCUGCGGACAAGGGAACAGGCAAGAAGCAGGCCAUCACCAUCCGCAGCAGCGGUGGUUUGAGCGAUGCGGAGAUCGAUCGCAUGGUCAACGAAGCCGAGUCCAUGAGGGAGACGGAUCAGCGAAAGAAGGACACCGUGCAGGCCAAGAACGAUGGCGAGAACUUGGCGUACCAGGUCGAGAAGCAGCUCACUGAGCUCAAGGACAAGAUGUCCACUGCUGAUGCGGAUGAGCUGAAGAAUCUCGUGGCAGAGCUGAGGACCGCGUUGGCAGCGGAAGAAGGUGACCUUGAUCUUAUCAAGAACAAGACCAAGGAUUUGCAGGAGAAGUCCUGGAAGGUCACUCAGCAGGCCUAUCAGCAAGGCGCCUCCACUGAAGGUGAUAGCUCUGAGCAGAAGACCGAGGAAAGCGACAAGGACAAGGACGGUGAGAAGGAGAAGAAGUGA